AUGCUUCAGCACGACAACGCUCGCGCACAUGUGACCCCGAUGGACCCCCAACUCAAGGCAGCCUUCGACGAAUACGGCAAGGACGGCUGGUCCUUCUCUCUCGCACCGCAACCGCCAAACUCCCCGGACACCAUAAUCUUGGACAUUGGCUUCUUCGCUGCGAUGCAGUCUCUACAACAGAAGAAGUCAGCCAAGACGAUUGAUGACCUUGUCGCCAACGUUGGUCAAGCAUGUGACGAGUACCCGAUGGAGAGCCUCGGCCGGACGUUCCUCUCGCUUCAAGCAUGCCUUGUGGAGACCAUGCGCCUCUUUGGUGACAAUGCCUACAAGUUGCAUCACAUGGGAAAAGAGAAGCUGGCUUGCCAAGGACAGUUACCUCAAAAUGUGCAGUGCCCGAUGGAUGUGUAUGACGCGGGCAUGCAGAAGAUGGUCGCGCAGGAUGCUGCCGCUAUGGAGCUGAUGCGGCGGAAGACAUCAUGCGUGCAAUGGGCGAAGUAG